GAGGACUCUGCAGAUCACGGCAGCAGGCGGAGAGGGGCGGCUAGGCCCCGCCGCCGCGGGCUUUUUGGAGGCCAGGUUGUUUUUCAUCAUUCAGAACAUUGCCUGAAGCAGGUCCACCAUGCCGUUAGUAACGAGGAACAUCGAGCCAAGGCACCUGUGCCGUCAGACGUUGCCUAGCGUUAGAAGCGAGCUGGAAUGCAUGACCAACAUCACCCUGGCAAAUGUCAUUCGACAGCUGGGCAGCCUGAGUAAAUUUGCAGAGGACAUUUUUGGAGAGAUCUUUACUCAGACAGAUGCCUUUGCCUCACGGAUGAGCUCUCUAGCUGAGAGGGUCGACCACCUACAAGUUAAAGUCACUCAGCUGGAUCCCAAAGAGGAAGAAGUGUCAUUGCAAGGGAUUAAUACUCGAAAGGCCUUCAAAAGCUCUACUACUCAAGACCAGAAGCUUUUCGACAGGGACUCACUGCCGGUGCCUGUCCUGGAAACAUAUAACACUUGUAAUGCUCCACCACCCCUCAACAAUUUGUCCCCGUACAGAGAUGAUGGCAAAGAAGCCCUCAAAUUCUAUACAGAUUCUUCAUACUUCUUUGAUCUUUGGAGGGAGAAGAUGCUGCAGGACACCAAGGAUAUCAUGAAAGAAAAGAGGAAGCACAGGAAAGAGAAGAAGGAUAAUCCAAAUAGAGGAAAUGUCAACCCUCGGAAAAUCAAAACCCGUAAGGAGGAGUGGGAGAAACUGAAGAUGGGACAGGAAUUUGUGGAGUCCAAAGAAAAACUAGGGCCUUCUGGGUAUCCUUCUAAUCUAGUGUACCAGAAUGGCAGCAUUGGUUCUGUGGAGAGUGUGGACACAAGUGGCUACCCACCUCCACCCCAGUCAGACUCCAACUCUCCACCCUCUCCCACCUUCCCUGAUGACAGUCUGCCACCACCGCCAGUGGAGUUCAGCUACCCAGCAGACAAUCAGAGAGGUUCUGGUUCAGCUGGACCUAAAAGAUCCAGUCUUGUCAGUCCAAGCCACCCCCCACCAGCUCCACCUCUUGGCUCCCCACCUGGCCCCAGACCAGGGUUUGCUCCUCCUGCUCCACCACCUCCACCACCAAUGACAGGAGUCCCACCACCACCACCACCUGUUGGAUUUGCAUCUCCAGGAACUCCCCCACCUCCUUCUCCUCCAUCUUUUCCACCUCAUCCUGAUUUUGCUGCCCCUCCUCCCCCACCUCCACCCCCAGCAGCUGACUAUCCUUGUCUCCCACCUCCUCCUAUAGCCCAGCCAACUGGUGGUGCACCCCCUCCCCCUCCUCCUCCUCCUCCUGGACCCCCACCCCUCUCUUUCAGUGGCAGCGAUGAUCAGCCAGCCCCACCCCUGCCACUUGCUGAUAACUCUGCUUCUAAACCCAAGUCGUCCUUGUCUCCUGUGAAUGAUGCCCGAAGUGACUUACUUUCAGCCAUUCGUCAAGGCUUCCAGCUUCGUAAGGUGGAGGAGCAGCAAGAACAGGAAAAACGGGAUGUUGUGGGCAACGAUGUGGCCACCAUCCUGGCCCGACGAAUUGCAGUCGAGUACAGUGACUCGGAGGAUGACUCCUCGGAGUUUGAUGAGGACGAAUGGUUCGAUUAG